CGGCCUAACAAUAAUUAUCCCACAGAUGUUCAUCCUCCACCACCGUCUUCUUACCCUUCCAACGAUCUCAUUCCUCCUCCCACGGGACCAUCAAACUCCCCUUACCACCAAGAUCUGCCGCCAUCACAAAACUAUCCAUCUCAUGAGCCUUCUCCAAUUUCUCUCCCUAAUUUCCAGUCUUACCCGAGCUUUAGUGAUAGCAGCCUCCCAGCCACUCCUUCCUCUACUCACUACCAAAACCCUGAAUCUUACUAUUCUGCUCCUUCUUCCACAAGCUUCACGUCCUCUCCUCCUUAUUCAUCAUCAAACGGGCGUAACAAUAUUGCUACGGUGCUAGAACAUGCACCUAGUCCAGCUCAGAAGUACCAUUACGACAGCAGCUACCAGCCAGGUCCAGAUAAGAUUGCAGAGGCGCACAAGGCUGCUAGAUUCGCUGUUGGAGCUUUUAGCUUUCGAUGAAGUCUCUACUGCUGUAGAACAUCUGAAGAAGUCACUCGAGUUGCUGACUUUUCCAUCCACUAGUCACUGAAUUUCAGGUUUAAUCUGUUAAACUUGGGGUGAAUGUGUGUACGAGGCUACGAACUCACAAUCACACCAUGGGGGUUCUUAACUUUUCGUGAUCAGACUUUGUGUACAAAUAAAAAGUAGUGUGAAAGGCCUUUUGAUUUCUCAAACAACUGUUGUUGGCAAGCGCGCUCCUGAUGUAUACAGCCACAAACAUUAGAAGUAUAUACAUAAAAAAUCACAAUAUAUAUGUGUGUAUAUAUAUAUAUAUAUAUAUUCUAUUGUCUGGUACAUUA